ACACCGUUUCUAAAUCCAGCCAUUUCUCAACUCCAACGACAAUCCAUCUCCAACAAUUAUUCCAAUUAACUCAAGAUAAACUUACAAUCUCAUAUUCGAAUAGAAUACGAUCAUAUCAACUUCGGAAACCCGCCGAGAUCGCCCCAAGUAACACACGGCCAAAAUGGCGCAAACACCACAGCAACGGAAGAGCAACCAGAAGUUCGCCAAAGAGAACAGGGCCAAAAUGGGGAAGCCAGAGGGCACAUUGAAGAAGAAACAGCAAACCUUUAAGUCGCCGGUGUCUCCAACCUGGCUUGGUUCGUCAAAUCACUAUAUCCCGAUUGCUCUUCACCUGCUAAUCCGUCCGCUUUCUAGUCCUUUUAGCAUUCGUGGUGUUCGGUGGUCUGAUAUUCGAGUUAAUUUCGAGGGUAUUCUUCAGAUAAAUGAGGCGGAUCAAGGCGGUGGUGAAAUCGAUACGAGGGGUAAGCGCAACGUGGCUAUAUCCAACAAAAUGCGCGACCCAAACUUCAAGCUACACAGUGUACCAAACAUUAUAUCUCAGGCUCAAUUUAACAUAAGAAUUGAAGAUUGA